UAAUUAUCAUCAUUCAUCAUCUUUGCACCUAAUAUAGUUAGCUUACAACAACCUUAACAUAAAUAUUAAAUGGGUUAAUUGCAAGGAUGGUCACUGGGUUUACUAAAACCGUUCAUGUUUGGUCACUGCAAAUAUUUAAUUUCAUUCAUGGUCACUAAGAUUAGUUCAAUAGUUCAAGUUUGGUCACUCUCCAUUAGUCUCCGUUAGUUUUUGCUGAUGUGGCAGUCAACUAUUAUAGUUGACCGUUAAAUGAGUGACGUGGCCAAUAAAAAAAUAAAAAAUUUAAAUAUUUACAAUUUCCACCUGAUUUUACAACUAUUAAAAAUAAAAAUAAAACUUACCUCCUCCCCAACGUCGUCGCCACCACGGAUCUCCGAUUCAGCCUCCUCUCCUCCAACUCCUCCCUCGCGUUCACGCUCUUUGCGCCCCCUGACCGCUUCCUCUACUCUCUCGACAUCUCCGCCGCCGUGCCCCGCUACGUCCGCUUCCUCCUCCGCCACAUUUCCCCCGCUCUGCUCCCGGCCAACUCCCUCCGCGACCGGGGCGAUUCCUACAUCGACACUCUCCUCCCGGGCACCGCCUCUUGAUGAUCGGCCGCUGCUGCUCCCCGCUCAUCCUCAGAAACGGCACCGUCGUGGACCAGUCGGUGUUGUCCGUGGACGGCGUCCGCGUCUCGGAUCCGGAACUUUACGUCGGGUCGACCGUCGCCGCGCAUGGACUCGCCGGGAUUCUCGGCGGAUCAGACGAAGAUGCAUAGCGCUCCGCUGCUUCUCUCCGUCGCGUUCAGCCCUUCGCCGCUGCUCUCCGCAGAGAUUCUAACUCGCGAGUUCCAAUUCCUCUCCCCGCCACCGCUCAAGCUCAAUCUCCUCCGCCUCCGUGGGAAAUUAGUUGCACCUAUCCUGCCGCGGAACGACGACGACGUCCCUCCCGCCGCAGUCGAUUGACUCGGAGUUCGUGAAACUAGCGGCAUCGCCAUGAACCGUUAGUUCCUCUAUCCGGCGGUUCCUUUCUGCUUAUCAGUCUCCAUCGGGGCGAAGAUGCAUAGCGCUUCUCUGAUUAUUGCGGAGCUUCCAUUUUUUGGAAUCUUUUUGAAAUUGUUUUAUAACCAGAGAAAGCGAGCAGCAAGACGGAUGGCCAGGGAAGCAAUCAGAAAGGGGGUUGAAGAAAGUCAAACCUGGGAUUCUCGGCGGAUCGGACGAAGAUGACCUGAAUUUCGAGGAGCUUGAUGACGGGGAAGGUUAUGGUUAUGGCGACGAUGGAUUCUUCUGGUAUCCGAGCUCUGCUUGGCCGUCGGAGUAGAUGGCGGAGAGAAAUCGGAGGGAUCAGAAUCGCGUAGAUGGCGGAGGUAAGUUUUAUUUUUAUUUUUUAAUAGUUGCAAAAUGAGGUGGAAAUUAUAAAUAUUUUUAUUUUUU